UAAUAUUGUAUUAACUGCAGUAGUAACAUCAUGAAAAACUAUUUUUCUGAACAUGCGAUUGUCCCCGAGGAUGUCGCGGGAGUGCGAGUUCCUGGUGAUCGGUGGAGGUAUCGCUGGCGUCAGCUGCGCCGAGUCGUUGGCAAUUUGCCGACCCAAUGCCUCCAUUCUCCUGCUCACUGAGUCCAGCAUCGUGAAGAGUGUCACCAAUUUGGUGCCGGUGGCUCGCUAUCUGCACAAGUUCGACGUUCGGGAACAGGAUGUCUCCGAAAUGGGAGUUAGUUUCGAGACCCUAGUGGAUCAACUGGAACACAUCAGCAGCAGCGAGCACUGCAUCCGGACUAAAGCGGGUGUGAAGGUUAAGUAUCGCUAUCUGUGCCUCUGCUCUGGUGGAACACCCAAGCUCUUCUGCGGUCAAGUAGCAGAUCCCCAUGUCAUUGGCAUUCGGGACACGGACUCUGUACUGCAGCUGCAGCGAAAAUUGAGAACAGCUAAGGAUAUUAUGAUCUUGGGCAAUGGGGGCAUUGCCAGUGAGUUGGCCUACGAACUGAAGAAUAUAAAUGUCCAUUGGGUGGUUAAGGAUGCCCACAUCUCUGCCACAUUUGUGGAUCCGGGAGCAGCGGAGUUCUUUCACAUAGCCAUGAACGAAUUGAAGGAGCAAGAUUUCUCUCCAGUUACAGCUAUUAAGCGAAUGCGGUACAGUGAAGUGCUGCCCAAGGAGGAGACUAACAACCAUGGAGCUGCAUUGGGUCCGGACUGGCAUCGCACCUUCGAUUUGAGUGGAUCAGGUAAAAGGGAAGUGAAACGCCUACCGAAGAUCUAUUACAAAUCUCGCAUACACAGCGUGCAGGAUCUCGACGACCACGCAGGUGUUAUAGUUAAGUUGGAGCAUGAGGAUGGGAGCUUUGAGCAGUUGACCUGUGAUUUUAUUGUUUCCGCAACGGGAGUCUUGCCUAAUACCCACUACACCUGUGAUUCCCCACUUGAAUUUUCCUCAGAUGGUGGCAUAUGCGUGGAUGAAAUGAUGCGUACCAAUCUGGUUGAUGUCUUUGCGGCCGGUGAUGUGUGCACGGCCAACUGGCCGGCCGCGAUGCACUGGUUCCAGAUGCGCCUGUGGACUCAAGCUCGGCAAAUGGGUUCCAUGGCGGGGAGAAGUAUGGCGGCCGCCAGUGAAGGCGAAUGCGUGUACCAGGAUUUCUGCUUCGAGCUCUUUGGCCACGUAACCACACUUUUCGGAUAUCCUGUUGUCCUGUUGGGACGCUUUAAUGGUCAGGGUUUGGGCAGGGACUACGAAAUUCUGGUGCGCUGCACGAGAAACAAAGAAUACAUCAAGUUUGUGCUUCAGAAUGGCAGACUACGGGGAGCCAUGUUAAUCGGCAACAAUGAUCUCGCAGAGACUUGCGAGAACCUAAUCCUGAACGGCAUCGAUUUGGAGCCCUAUGGCGACGACAUUCUGAAUCCCGACAUUGACAUUGAAGACUAUUUUGAUUAGUUUAUUAUGCGCUAGCUUAGAAUAUUAAAGACUUGUAAAAUAA